UAUUGGCUGGAUCCCGCAAAGACUCUUGCAGAGCACAAGGAGCUAAUCAACACUGGACCUCCAUAUACUUUGUAUUUUGGUAUUAAAUUCUAUGCUGAAGAUCCGUGUAAACUAAAAGAAGAAAUAACCAGAUAUCAGUUUUUCUUACAGGUGAAGCAAGAUGCCCUUCAGGGCCGGCUGCCCUGCCCUGUCAACAUUGCUGCUCAGCUGGGCGCAUACGCCAUCCAGGCUGAACUUGGAGAUCACGACCCAUGUAAGCAUACGGCGGGCUACGUGUCUGAGUACCGGUUUGUUCCUGAUCAGAAGGAGGAGCUGGAAGAAGCCAUAGAGAGGAUCCAUAAGACUCUGACGUAGGAGCAGGCUUGUGUUGUCAGCCUUCACCAGUGUCUAAGACAGUUCUAAGUGUUUGCAGCGAUAAAUUCACCUGUGUCCUGAACAUUCCAUCUCUCUUGCUUCUUUUAUAACAAUAAGUGCUCAUUGAAAAUCCCAGCUAUCUAAAUAGUAUAAAGGAGACAAUAAAGCCAGG